CUGCUGCGUCAUUUACGCGCCGCCACGCUCCUGAUGCACUUCUUUUCCCAAAAGCCUAAAGAUAGAUGUUUCGAUUUCAGUCGCUGGAUGAAGACUGUACGCUGGAGGAGGAAGAUGAUGGAUUGAUAGAAGAGGAAGAUGAAAUUGAUCAGUUCAAUGACGACACCUUUGGAGCUGGGGCCAUCGAUGACGACUGGCAGGAGGAGCACAAACGCCUCGCUGAGCUUGAUGAGCGGGAUGGGCUAGGAGCAGGAGGGGGAGGGGGAGGAGGAGGAGGAGGAGGAGGAGGAGGGAUGGGAAGAGAAUCAGAGUUAGGAGGACUUGAGGACUCAUCCUCCACCCAUCUCCCUACCUCAGCGGGCCAUCUCUCCCUUCCAUCCUCCCUCCCUUUACUCAACUUCUCCUCGUCUUCCUCUGGACUGCGUCCACCAGAUGUGGAGGACCGAAGAGGGGAAGGUGACUUGGCUGAGUCCCUGGCCAGACUCAUCCUGGAGGCAGACCCGGCCAUCGCAGGGGUCGGAGCAACACAGAGGCCCUGUCCAUCCAUGGGCUCUUCAGGAUCCGGCCUGUCCGCUCUUCAGGGACUGGACCGGCCCAGAGUCCUGCCCCAGCACUGCUCCAUCCCACAACCCACACAACCGCACCAGCAUCCCCAUCAUCCCCAGAACCAGCUGCCUCCUGGACCUUCCACUUCAGGCCUUCCUCCUGGCCCUCCACCAUCGGUGCUCAGCUACCAGCAGCAGCAGCACAUGCUGCACAGAGGGGCUGCGCCUAUGAGCCAGAUGAACUCUCACAGUAUCUGGGAGAACAGUAUGGGCUUUGGGCCCGUCAGCGUCACCCCCGGACUCAUCACACACAUGGAGGACAGUCCACUAAUGUCUAUAAUCAAAGAGGUGGGCCUUCCUAAGUUACCCUCUCAGAGUAGGAUUGAUGAAGGACGGGAUUUGUCAGAGAGGGUCCCACCCCCACGCUCUUCUUCCCCUGUGAUUGGCUCCCCUCCGGUGAGGGCAGUGCCCAUUGGGACCCCACCCAAACAGCCAAUGAGCCACGCUCUAAAUCAUCAGGCCCAUCAUCCCACAGCAGUUCAUGUGAGAGCCCCAGUCCAGCACAGAUACCCACCUCCUUUCCCCGAGCGUCUGUCACCCAACACCCUCCUCAAUAUAGCUAACUCUCCGCUGUGUCGUGGUCCCUUCCCUCCUGCAGUUGGUCCAGUUCUGUCCCAGAUUCAACGAGCCCAGCUGCUCAACUCUCAGGUGGCAGGGUUUGCCCGCGGUGGACCAGCACCUCCAUUGUUACCAGGUGGUGGAGGUUUCAGGCCAUUCUUUGGGGGCCCGCCUCCUCCACACGGUCACCGUAUGGGGCCACUGCCUCCUCAUGGCCCCCCCAACCACACGCCACCCAUCCGGCACAACACCACCCACCUCCACCCUCAGCACCGUCGCAUGCUCACCCAGCGCAUGCAGAGCCGAGGAGGGGACCGAGGCCGGACUGGAGGGGACCGGCGCAGCAGAGACCCAUAUAGUAAUCUGAUGACUCAGAAAGAGAAGGAGUGGGUCACCAAGAUCCAGAUGAUGCAGCUGCAAAGUACUGACCCUUACCUGGAUGACUACUACUAUCAGAAUUACUAUGAAAAGAUGGAGAAACGUCAGGAGAGAGAGACAGACAGCAGUAAGAAGGAACACACCACCAAACUCAUCACUCCUCAGGUCGCCAAGGUUGAACACACCUACAGACCAGUUCAGUUUGCAGGCUCUUUAGGGAAGCUGACGGUCUCUAGUGUCAACAACCCUCGCAAGAUGAUUGAUGCUGUGGUGACGACUCGCACAGAUGAUGAGGAGAAAAGAGAGAAGCAGGUCUGGAAUAAGAGGCGACAGAUCCUCUACACCGUGGAGAAGAUGUACAGCUUACUGCUGGAGGUGCAAGACUUUGAGAAACGUUUUGUCCAGGCUCCAGAAGAAGACCGAGAGUCUCUGCUGGAGCAGCAUAAAACCAACACAGUGCAGCUGUGCAACUCUCUGCGGGAGAAGGAGUGGGAUGACAGAGUAAGUGAUGAGCAGUGUGUGAUGAUCAUGUCAGUGAGGAAGGGCAAGCGGCUCAUAUCUAGGCUCCUUCCCCUCCUGCCCUCGGCCCAGGCCACCGCCGUUGUCAUGGCGAUUGCACGCAACCUUCCUGCCCUGGCCAAGAAGGACAAGCAGGAUCAGGUGCUGUGCUGGUUAGUGGAGCCGGUUUCUGCUGUGAUCCAAUCAUUGUCGAGCUCUGCCCUCACAGAUCUGCUACAGGAGCUUCAGGGCAGUGAGGGCCAACUGGCCACAGUGCUGCACAACAAGUGUGGUGUUACUCUGCUGUAUCUGAUCCUGAGUGAAGGAGAGAGGAUGCAAAGCUCAGACUCCAACUGUCAACUCAUGGACGACAAUCGAUGGACUGAGUUGGUGUUUUCAGUGACAAGGGAGUUGCUCAGCAUCCCCCCCUCCUCCCUCUCUCCUCCUCUCUUCACCCCCUCCAACCUGCUCUCCCUCUUCUCACGCUACGUCGACCGACAGAGGCUGGAGCUGCUACAGAACAAGCUGCAGAUCACUGCUUUGUCCAGGUAGAAGAUACUACAGACAUGAACACAGCCCUCUCCCCACUUGAUGCAGACCUUUGUCUUUGUGUGUGUGUGUGUGUGUGUGUGUGUGUGUGUGUGUGUGUGUGUGUGUGUGUGUGUGUGUGUGUGUGUGUGUGUGUGAGAGAGAGAGAGAGAGAGAGAAUCUAUGAAGAAUCUAUGGUGGGUCAUUUUAAUCCAGCAGAAUCUCUAGUCACUUGUUUGUUUUGUGUGUGUAGUCUCUGGUGUGUGUGUGUGCGCACGCACGUAUGUGAAUGACAGCAACACAGAACGCAUGAGAGGUGCACAGUCUGAAUGAGGAUAAAUAUGAAAUCUGCAUUUUUAAAUAUCUUGUUUACGAUUAUGCCUGUG